CUGAACACAUCGGACGAGCGGUUGAAAGAAUCGAAAGAAGCAAAGAAACGCGCGUGAGUUUCUUUGUAAGAAAUCGCAUACAAAGUUUAAAAAAUAAAAACGCUCAGCAUAGCUAAUCAAUAGAAAUUAAUUAAUUAGAAUCAAUACAAAUACAAUAACGUUAAUGUGUUAAAAUAAUUUAAACAAAACGAAACAAAUAAUAGAAAUAAAUAAAAUAUAAAAAAAUAUGUCAACUGUGACACAAUGGCGAUUCAUUUUAGCAUUGCUAAUCGCGAGCUCGUGCCGUGUAGUGGAAUCAAAAGUAUUCGAACGUUGCGAAUUGGCAAAAGUGUUGCGACAACGCCAUCGCCUUGAUCUAACGGAAGUGGCACAAUGGGUGUGCAUUGCUCAGCAUUCGAGUGGUUUUAAUACAGCAGCUCAGGCCUUUAGUCCAACGGGGGGCUCUCAUGGUCUGUUUCAAAUCAGUGAUGUCUACUGGUGUUCACCGCCUGGCCAAGGAGCUGGCUGCAAUUUACAGUGCCAUAAAUUGAGGGAUGACAAUCUAAGUGAUGAUCUGUCUUGUGUCAAGCGUAUUUACGACGAGCAUCAUCGCAUAUCAGGAGAUGGUUAUACGGCUUGGAAUGCUUAUCAGCAGUUCUGUAAAAAUAAAGCAGCUUCCUAUAUACAGGAUUGUUUCCCAGGAGAGCAUGCCGCAUCUACUUACUCAGCACCAGCCAAAGGCUAUAGCUCACAUCAUGGUCAAUUUUCGGGCAAUGCCAUACAGGAUUAUUCACCCAAGAAGAGCGCCAAGGUGUAUGGACGUUGUGAAUUGGCUCGCGAACUGCAUCAGAAACACAAAAUGCCCAUGCAACAAAUACCCACUUGGGUAUGUAUAGCCGAACAUGAAUCCCGUUUCAAUACAGCCGCCGUGGGACGUUUAAAUGCUGAUGGUUCAGCCGAUCAUGGUCUCUUUCAGAUCAGUGAUCUCUACUGGUGUUCUCAUGAUCGCUAUAGUGGUGGCAAGGCAUGCGGUUUGUCUUGCAAUAAACUCUUGGACAAUGACAUAACUGAUGAUGUACGUUGCGUGAAGAGGAUACACAAUGAACACACAGCCAUUGCAGGAGAUGGCUUUACCGCCUGGACAGUCUACAAGCCACAUUGUCAAAAUCAACGUUACGAGCAUGUAGCAAGCUGCUUUAAAAAUACCCAACAAACCACACAUCAUAAGGUGCAAACCACAGCAGUGGGCUUGGCCUCAAAUCAAGUGCAUACUACAACUAAAUUUGCCCUCAACAGCAAUAAUCCAUUCUUUAAAAAUGUGGGACAACAGACACCAUCGAAAACACAUUAUACGCCGCCCAGCUACAAUGAUAUUUUCAAAACAGCUACAUCUACAUCGUCAUCAGCGAAUAAGGGCGUUUCUCAUAAGGGUAAAGUUUAUACACGUUGCUCAUUAGCACAAGAACUCUUUUCUAAACACAACUUUCCAAUGCAGGAUAUAGCUACGUGGGUUUGCAUCGCCGAACACGAAUCUCAUUUUAAUACCGCAGCCAUAGGACGCUUAAACACAGAUGGCAGUGCUGAUCAUGGACUUUUCCAGAUAAGUGAUCUUUAUUGGUGCGAUCAUAAUGCGUAUGGAGGCAAAGCUUGCAAUUUGCCCUGUGACAAGUUACUGGACGACGAUCUAAGGGAUGAUGUGGCUUGUAUAAAAACCAUACAUGAGGAACAUAGCAGAAUCUCGGGUGAUGGUUUCAAUGCCUGGACAGUGUAUAAGCCUCACUGUCAAAAUCAAAAUAUCAACCAGGUUAAAUCUUGUUUUGAUGCAAAGACUUUGGAAUCUAUUGAAGUUAUGCAACCCUCCCCCAGCUAUAAAGUGCCAGUUGCAACAGGUAAAGGUAAAAUUUAUUCUAAAUGCGAAUUAGCUAAGGAAUUAUAUCAUAAGCAUCGCAUGCCCAUGGAACAAAUACCAAAAUGGGUGUGUAUAGCUCAACAUGAAUCUUCGUUUAAUACCGGCGCUGUAGGUCGUCUAAAUACGGAUGGUUCGGCUGAUCAUGGGCUCUUUCAAAUAAGUGAUCUUUAUUGGUGCUCUCACGAUCAGUAUGGUGGUAAAGCCUGCAAUAUACCCUGUCAUAAAUUAUUAGAUUCUGAUAUUACAGAUGAUGUUAGAUGUGUUAAGAUUAUUCACGAGGAGCAUACUAGGAUUUCAGGAGAUGGUUUCAAUGCAUGGACAGUAUAUCAGCCUCAUUGUCGCAAUACGGGUAUGAGUCACAUUAAGGAAUGUUUUACGGAUACGGAACUUACUCAAGUACAAACAACCGGUUCUAGCAAUUCUUUAAUUCCUCAAACUUCAUAUGGAUCAAAACCUGCUCCAAAAGGUAAAAUUUAUAAAAAGUGUGAAUUGGCUCAGGAAUUAUUCCACAAGCAUCGUAUGCCCAUGGAUCAAAUACCCAAAUGGGUGUGUAUCGCUCAACAUGAGUCCUCAUAUAAUACAGCUGCUGUCGGCCGCCUCAAUACAGAUGGUUCGGCUGAUCACGGUCUGUUCCAAGUAAGUGAUCUUUAUUGGUGUAGUCACGAUCAGUAUGGAGGUAAGGCUUGUAAUAUUCCUUGUGAUAAGCUGCUGGAUUCUGAUAUAGCGGAUGAUGUUAGAUGUAUCAAAAUGAUACAUGAGGAGCAUACUAGGAUAUCAGGAGAUGGCUUCAAUGCUUGGACGGUGUAUAAGCCACAUUGUCGCAAUACGGGUAUGAGUCACAUUAAGGAAUGUUUUACGGAUAAGGAACUUACUCAAGUACAAGCAACUGGUUCUAGUAAUUCUUUAAUUCCUCAAACUUCAUCUGGAUCAAAACCUGUCGCAAAAGGUAAAAUUUACAAAAAGUGUGAAUUGGCCCAGGAAUUAUUCCACAAACAUCGCAUGCCUAUGGAACAAAUACCCAAAUGGGUGUGUAUUGCUCAACAUGAGUCCUCAUAUAACACUGCUGCUGUUGGCCGCCUCAAUACAGAUGGUUCGGCCGAUCACGGUCUUUUCCAAGUAAGUGAUCUUUAUUGGUGUAGUCACGAUCAGUAUGGAGGUAAGGCUUGUAAUAUUCCUUGCGAUAAGCUGUUGGACUCUGAUAUAGCGGAUGAUGUCAGAUGUAUCAAAAUGAUACAUGAGGAGCAUACUAGGAUAUCAGGAGAUGGCUUCAAUGCUUGGACGGUGUAUAAGCCACAUUGUCGUAAUACUGGUAUGAGUCACAUUAAGGAAUGUUUUACGGAUAAGGAACUUACUCAAGUACAAGCAAUUGGUUCUAGCAAUUCUUUAAUUCCUCAAACUUCAUAUGGAUCAAAACCUGCUCCAAAAGGUAAAAUUUAUAAAAAGUGUGAAUUGGCUCAGGAAUUAUUCCACAAGCAUCGUAUGCCCAUGGAUCAAAUACCCAAAUGGGUGUGUAUCGCUCAACAUGAGUCCUCAUAUAACACUGCUGCUGUUGGCCGUCUCAAUACAGAUGGUUCGGCUGAUCACGGUCUGUUCCAAGUAAGUGAUCUUUAUUGGUGUAGUCACGAUCAGUAUGGUGGUAAGGCUUGUAAUAUUCCUUGCGAUAAGCUGCUGGACUCUGAUAUAGCGGAUGAUGUUAGAUGUAUCAAAAUGAUACAUGAGGAGCAUACUAGGAUCUCAGGAGAUGGCUUCAAUGCAUGGACGGUGUAUAAGCCGCACUGUCGUAAUACUGGUAUGAGUCACAUCAAGGAAUGCUUUACGGAUAAAGAACUUACUCAAGUACAAACAACUAGUACCAGCAAUUCAUUAAUUCCUCAAACUACAUCUGGAUCAAACCCUGUCGCAAAAGGUAAAAUUUACAAAAAGUGUGAAUUGGCUCAGGAGUUGUAUCACAAGCAUCGCAUGCCCAUGGAACAAAUACCCAAAUGGGUGUGUAUCGCUCAACAUGAGUCCUCAUAUAACACUGCUGCUGUUGGCCGCCUCAACACAGAUGGUUCGGCUGAUCACGGUCUGUUCCAAGUAAGUGAUCUUUAUUGGUGUAGUCACGAUCAGUAUGGAGGUAAGGCUUGUAAUAUUCCUUGUGAUAAGCUGCUGGACUCUGAUAUAGCGGAUGAUGUUAGAUGUAUCAAAAUGAUACAUGAGGAGCAUACGAGAAUUUCAGGAGAUGGCUUCAAUGCAUGGACGGUGUAUAAGCCGCACUGUCGUAAUACUGGUAUGAGUCACAUCAAGGAAUGCUUUACGGAUAAAGAACUUACUCAAGUACAAGCAACUGGUUCUAGUAAUUCUUUAAUUCCUCAAACUUCAUCUGGAUCAAAACCUGUCGCAAAAGGUAAAAUUUACAAAAAGUGUGAAUUGGCCCAGGAAUUAUUCCACAAACAUCGCAUGCCUAUGGAACAAAUACCCAAAUGGGUGUGUAUUGCUCAACAUGAGUCCUCAUAUAACACUGGUGCUGUAGGUCGUUUAAAUACAGAUGGUUCCGCUGAUCAUGGUCUUUUCCAAAUAAGUGAUCUUUAUUGGUGUACUCAUGAUCAGUAUGGUGGCAAGGCUUGUAAUAUACCCUGUGCUAAGUUUCUGGACUCUGACAUAACUGAUGAUGUUCGCUGUAUUCAAAUUAUACAUGAGGAGCAUACUAGGAUCUCAGGAGAUGGCUUCAAUGCUUGGACGGUGUAUAAGCCACAUUGUCGUAAUACGGGUAUGAGUCACAUCAAGGAAUGUUUUACUGAAAAAGAACUAAAACAAGUUAAUGUACCUACAACAUCUGUGAUAACCAAUUCAAUAGAGCCUCUCUACACACCUCACACAAAAAAUACUCCCAAAGGCAAAAUUUAUAAAAAGUGUGAAUUAGCUCAGGAACUUUUAAGUAAACACAAAAUGCCCAUGGAACAAAUACCCACUUGGGUUUGUAUAGCUCAACAUGAGUCCUCAUAUAAUACGGCCGCGGUUGGACGCCUAAAUGCAGAUGGUUCUUUUGACCAUGGUCUCUUUCAGAUCAGUGAUCUUUAUUGGUGCUCGCAUGAUCAGUAUGGCGGUAAAGCAUGUAAUAUACCCUGUGAUAAGCUGCUCGAUUCCGAUAUAACAGAUGAUGUAAGAUGUAUUAAAAUCAUACACGAGGAACAUACCAGAAUAUCAGGUGAUGGUUUUAAUGCUUGGACAGUUUAUAAACCUCAUUGUCGUAAUCGCAAAAUGGAAGAGAUACGCUCGUGUUUUACUCCCAAUCAAAUUGAGGAUUUUGACAAGAAGCAGACAUAUUCGAAUAAACCCAAACAAACUCAGCCAUUACAACAGGCGCCAGCAAAAACUUCUGCUUUUAGCAGUAAUCCCUUCUUAAGUGGUGGAUUUAAAACACAAGCCAGCAACCAAGUUUCUACAGUUAAGCCAAACAAUGAAAAGCCAAACUAUGCCAAUAAUCCAUUUUUGCAAAAUCUUAAAAUACCUAGUGUUAGCGAACAUCAUAAAUCAGUAGGUUCAAACAGCUUUACUAAUAACAACCAGCUAAACUAUCAGCAAAAUUCUGUACAAAUUAACCAGCCAUUGGCAGUUACAUCAUCGAAACCUAAUUAUAAAGACAAUCCUUUCCUAAACGGUGGCUAUAGUACUUUAUCGGGUAAUAAUUUUAUAUCGAAACCUGUUGAAAUAAUAACAGAGCUAGAAUCGUUCAAAACUAAUCCAUUUUUAAGCAGCAGUCUUAAAUUAUCCACCACUGUCAAACCAACUCAGUCUUCUCUUCAGAAUAAUGGCUACCACAAUGAAGUAACCAAAAACUAUUUAAAUAGUAAUGACUUUAGAACAACAACAACAACAUUUAAGCCUAAAACUACAGCUACAAAACCAACCACCACAACGUGGACAACAACCAAGAAACCAACCACAUCGUGGAAUAGCUUUAGCUCGACGAGAAAACCAAUCACCACAACUACACGAAAGAACACAACUAACAAAACCACUACUACAACUAAAAGACCAACAACUACAGGUAAAAAGCCAACCACAACAACUAAGACCACAAAAUCCCCUAAAACUACUACAACUUGGAGUUGGCAAAAUCAGAAAUCAACUACCACAAAGCCGAAAACUACCAGCACCACAAAAUCACCACGAACUACCACCACUUGGCAUUGGCAAAAUCAAAAAUACACCAACAAUGCAACAUUAGGACAAGUUAUCACUACAAAAUCCCCACGAACUACGACUACAAAGCCCGAGAAAACCACUUGGAAUUGGAGAAACGAACAGAAAUCCACCACCCUAAAACCUCUAACCAGUACAGCAAACUGGCAGAAAUGGGAUAAACCAACCACUAAAGGAACAACCAAAAAACCCAGCGCUACAACGACAACCACACAGAAAACUACCAACAAAUGGUGGAGUACAACAGCAAAACCCACCACAGCCCGAACAACUAAGCCAAUUCGUUUAGACAACCAAAAAACCACAACCAGCCGCCCCACCACAGCCAAAACUACAAGAGUUACCACCACAAAGCCAAUUCGCUACGAUAACUACAAAACCACAACUUUGAAACCUCAAACCAGCAAAACCACAACUCUUAGACCUCGAACUGCCACAACAAAGUCAACGCUACAAAAAACUACAAUUACGACAACAACACGGAAACCUUUUACAACAAAGUCAACAACUAAUACAGAAUACAAUAAAUACAAGAAUGAUCCAUUUAGUCAUCCAUUCUUUGCCAAAGUUAAUGAACAACUUAAACAAUUGCGCGGCAAUGUGACUACCACAAAACUGCCUAGUUUUGCAGCUACCAAACUGCAAAGUUUUCCACAGUCCACACUCUAUCAAGAUUUUAAAAAUAGCACCUUCAACAAAACGAAAACUAUUGUAGCCUAUAAUUUUGAAGGCUCCAAAUUGAGCACCACAAAACGACCCAGAUUCUAAGGAAUCCAUAUGUAUCUACAUAUUCUGUAGUAUAACAUUGUGAUUUUGUUUGUUAAAAUUGUUUUCUUUGUUUUCUUUAUAUUAAAAAAAAAUGUUGUUGAAUUUAUUUUUUUGUAAUUCUUAUUUUACUUAUUUGUUUUGUAUUUUUUUGGUUUAUGAAAAGUACUGCCAUUAUGUGAUUAAAUCAUAUUAUUUUUCCUAGUUUUAAGUUUAGUAUCUUUAGCCUAGACAAAUUAUUAAGCCGACUUUAUAAUGAAAUAUAUAUAAAUUAAUUAAAUAAAUAAUUUAAAAUAUCUAAA